AAGUUUGAUCCCAUAGUUCUGAAACACCCUGUAUAUAUAUUAUAUACGAGUAUAUAUAUAUAUAUAAGUAUAUAAUUCAAGAAAUAAACUAUUGCAUCGAUAUUAUGUUAGUGGAAAUUGUUUCUGUAGUAACAUCUCGUAAGCAGCAAAAUAUUUACGCUAAGACUAGGCUAGGUUUGAGCGUCUAUCUUUAUUGCUCUCAUGACACAUAAAACACAGAUAGAUUGGAACAAGAACUUUUGCACGCAGAAAUAUUUUAAUGUGUUUACUCUAAGUUUUAUCUAUUCAAACUUGUGUUGUUGUACAAACAACCGCUACACUCAAGUAGACACAAUAGACACUUGCAUGACUACUGUUUUCAGACUAAGAAAUUUUAAUAGAAUAGUUUAUAUCCGUGGUAUAUGUACUUUUUCCAACGGAACGAUCGAAAAUUAUUCAUAUGAAUUAUACACAUAAUUUACAUACAAUUAUAAAAAAAAGAUCAUUUUAUUGUAAUCAUACUGUAUUGAUAAUAAAUUAAAUAUAUGUAUUUAUCACACUUAUUGUGAGUGUAAUCAGUAAAAUAUUGUGUGAAUAAAUAACAUACAAGCACUCUAUAGAUAGGAUAUUGCUUGAAAAUCCUACAUGUUUAUUUUUGUACAUGAUAUAAUAUAUACUAUAGUAUAAUACUUUAAAAGUAUUGUAAGUAUAAUACUUCAAAGAUAUGAUUUUUUUAACAAGUAAAAUUUUUUUGAUCGACUACUUUGUAUCGAGGGUAAUGGUAAUGGUCGCCGUAGUAACAACUAUCAAACAAUGAGUCUUACAUUGUUGCGCGGUCAGUGUAAUUCUUGCAACAACGGUUAAGCAAUGAACGUGUUAAAGUUAGUAAUGAUAGGACCGACUGAGAGCGGAAAGAGCACGAUAGCAAAUUUCCUAGCGGAUGCCUCGGAAAUUCCAUAUGAUUAUCGUCCAACCAAAGGUGUUCGAAUACUAGAAUUUGAAAUCAACGAUAUCGAAGUAAACAACGAACGCAUCUCGAGAGACAUCGAGCUAUGGGACUGUAGUGGAAAUCAUAAAUAUAAAAAUUGCUGGCCAGUUAUGCGUAAUGGUGCACACGGUGUGAUAUUGGUAUACAAUUCAAAGAACGUACAGAAUUCUUUAAAAGAACUUAAAGAGUUGUAUGAUUACUUUAUUAUCGGAGCCAAAUUAAGUGCAAAUAAUUGCGUAAUAUUUUAUUACGAUCCUGAUAAUACGUCAAACAUGUCAAAAAUGAUCUCAUCCAGCUUUUCUCAUGUUUCUCAUGUCAAAUGCAAUGUGGACGAUGGUGGGGAUAAGUUAAAAACUGAUUUUCGAUUGUUUCUAAGCGCCUUAUUGACAAAAUUCCAAGAGGACAAGGAAGAGAAACUGAUAUUGAGCGACAAUAUAUUAUUUUCUAAAUAAUAUAUUAUAUUCUAGUAAGCAAU